AUGCUAGUGAUCCAGGGUCUAUUUGGAUCACUAGUCCUAAUUGUUUGCAUUAUCAGAAAGACAUUUGCAGCAAAUUUAUCACAGAAUGCUUUAUAUUUGGACAUUAGUAGGAAUGCGGGCAAAGGAUUUAAUGUGGAGCAUCGGUCAUAUUCAGGGGUUACACAUUUUGUUUAUACACCAAAUCAAAGGUAUAAUGUAGAGAGAGUUGUAGAAGGGGAUAAACAGAUAUGGGUGCGAGAGAAUGGCGAAAAAUGUGUAAACAUACAUGCCUUCUAUAGGAAAAAUGAAUGGCUACUUGUUCGUAUAAUAAUUGAACGUUAUGGAUUUUUACAUGAUAAAUUUUACAAUAACAAAGGUGAAUGGGUGCAAAUUACUGAAGAUGAAUCUAAUAAAAAGUUAAAACUACUAAAGAUUCCGCUAUAUUUGAAACCGCCAAAUCGCGUUCCUCAAAGUUCUGUUGUAAAAACCGUCGAUAAGAAAGUAGUUGAAACACUAACUGGACAAAUUAAUAAUGAAACAUGUGCAAAUAUUCUUUUUGUUACUCUCGACAUAGGCAAUGUCGACUCCUUAAAAUUUAGUAAAUUUAUAACGGCACCGUAUGGCCUUAAUAUUUCUGUUUUAAGUCCACAGCAAGGAUACACACUAAACAAAAUUGUUGACGGGGAAAUUUUAAUUUGCGAAAAUGCACAUGGAUAUCUAUCUGCCAGGGUCUCCAUAUAUAGUGGCGUGCCCUCAAUCCUACACCUAUAUACUAUUGACACGAAUAAUGCAGAAGUUUCAACUUAUUUUAUUAAUGUAGUAAAAUGGGAACAAGUUCAAGUAGAUGUAUUUUAUAGAAUAUUCCAUGAGCUUGUUGUGAACAAGAAUACUUUCAAAUUAACUGAUUUAAAUACCGAUAAAGUUAAGCCUGAUUUUGUUUGCUUCAAUUCUCCAAAUAAUUAUCCAUCAUUAGUUUGUUUUCCAAAUCCAGGAUACAUUUUAAAAUCUGUAAAUUGCAAUAACAAAACUAUUUGGAAAAGGAAGCUUGAAGGAGAGAAUUGUAUUUGCGCCUCUUUUCAUUCGAAGGGUUCUCCACAAUUUGCCCAUCUUAUAAUAUCCACUUCAUCUUAUGUAGAAGAAUUAUUUUAUUAUCUGGAUGGAAAAGCCUGGAAUGUUAUUGGUAAAUAUGAAUAUAGACUUAAACUCCAUGGAAGGGGCAUUGACCUAUGUAGUAUUGAUAACAGGAUUUUACUGGAUGUAAGUAAACCUGUCGAUGCCGAAAAAUUUGUUUUACAUACAAUUGGCACAAAAACUCCAUCCAUUUCCAUGAUGACUCCAUUCCCUGGAGCUUUGUUAACAAAAAUCAUCGACGGAGAGGAUACCAUAUGGGAAGCUCAAGGGGAUGAAUACUGCAUAUACUUUUGGUUAUGUUUACCGAAUUCAUCGGGAAUGUCAUAUGCUCUGGUAACAAAUUCAAACAAAACUCGGAUAGUGCACUAUUUUUUAAAGAGUAAGAAAUGGAGAAGUGUAUCUAAAAGUGAAUAUUUUGCAAAGUAUCUUUUGGAAAUCGUUCCCAACUUUUCGGAUGAGAGGAUUGUAAAUGCAUCCAUAAAAGAGAACCACAAGGGAAAGAUUAUGACGGGUAGCUUUACGAAUAGGCAGGGUCUUAGACUUCGAUCAUACGCAAUUAUAGCAGAAAACCAUAGGGCGACCCUUAUCAUUUCAUCGGGGAUUCGUGGACAUUUCAUUUCCGGUUUUUUCCCUUACAACCUGGAAUGGAACUUUGAAAAUUUCGGAUUCCAAAUACCUCCAAGCAUCAAUGAUGUAAUCUUAAUGAGAACGUCUGAACCUUUGAGUAGCUAUUUUUGUUUAAAUCAGACGGCAAAAUAUAAGCACUUAUUCGAGUACAAGGACUGGAACAGAGCAGAUGCUAUUGAUCUACUUCCUCAGUUUCAAUUUGAAGGUAGCUUUAUACAGUUUUUGAACAUGAUGGGAUACUCGAUAUAUGGUUUGGAGUUGCAAUCUCACGGAUUCUCAGAAUCUAUUUCAGAUAUGAGAUGCUAUUUCCGUGAUUCUGAUGAUUCUGCAUACGAUAUGCUUCAAUUUGUGAGUAUAGUGAAAAGAGGUAAGUUUGGAGAUCCUAAUGAAAAAUGGAAUGAAGAGAUUGUAUACAAGAGCGUUCCUACGGAUAAAAGGACAUUUUUGUUCGGAUUUUCAAUGGGAACAAAUGUUGUUAUAAGGGCUGCUCAAAUUUUUAAUGCACAUGUCAAAUGUGGAGAAAAAAUAGCUGAUGGUAUAAUAGGGAUAUCAUCCAUGCUUAACAUCGACAAAUUGCUUGGAAUUGGAAAACACUUUCUAUGUAUAAUAAAAUUAUUUUCAAAAUUAAUGGAUAAAAAAGACAAUUCUGUGGAAAAAUACUUGAACUACGGGGAGUCAGUGUAUAUUUUUAUGCGCUACAAUGACCCUUGGUUUUUUGUAAAGAAAAUGUCAUUCAAGACUGGAUACAUUUUAUUCGAUUCCGUGGAUAUGGUAAAGCAGAAUCUUGAGUAUAUUCUUACAGAUAUGCCUGUCCUUUUCAUUCACUCUACUGAUGAUCCAAUGUGUAGCGUUGAUGGCCCAAAAGAGUUCAAGAAUAAACUUCCAAAUCGCAACGUAACGUUAAUAGAGACCUGCGGUUGUGGUCAUUUCAUAACCGAUGCCCUAGUCUCUCCUAUUAUCAAUCCUAUGAUAGACAACUGGAUCAAUGGGCUCUCUGGUAAUAUCUCCGGGAUGUAA